AUGGCCAUCCCGACCGUGCAGAAAGCCAUCAUCUACGAUGAACCCGGGACUGUGUCGACCAAGGUGGUUGAAUGCGAAGUGCCCCAGCCUGGUCCCGGCGAAGUACUUGUUCGCCUGACUCAUUCUGGAGUAUGUCAUUCAGACUUUGGCGUCAUGACCAAUUCGUGGACCACGUUACCGGAGCCAACCCCCAAGGGGCAGAUCGGCGGGCACGAGGGUGUUGGGUACAUCGUGAAGCUGGGCUCGGAGACCGCGAACUCACAAUUGAAACUGGGAGACCGCGUUGGAAUCAAAUGGAUCGCCGACGCGUGCGGCCACUGUCAAGCUUGCCAGGCCCAGUCGGAUGGGCUCUGCUUCAAUCAACAGAUAUCCGGUUAUUUCUUUCCGGGAACAUUUCAGCAAUUCGUGGUCAGUCCGGCCCAUUACGUGACGCCCAUUCCCGACGGCCUGGAUUCGGCGCAGGCUGCACCGAUACUGUGUGCGGGUCUCACCGUGUAUUCUGCGCUGAAGCGCUGCAAGGCACAGUCGGGCCAGUGGGUGGUGAUCCAGGGUGCGGGUGGUGGCCUGGGCCACUUGGCUGUACAGCUUGCGAGCCGUGGGAUAGGUUUGCGUGUUGUCGGAGUCGAUCAUCCCAGCAAGGCGGAGUUGGUUCUCUCCUGUGGCGCAGAGCAUUUCGUCGACGUAACACAGUUUCCCCGAGAAGCCCAAGGCAACGCCAUCGUCUCUCAUGUGAGGACUCUGUGCGACGGACUCGGUGCUCCCGCAGUCAUUGUAUGCACGGCCUCCAACGAGGCGUACGCACAGGGGCUACGGUUUCUGCGCUUCAAUGGCACGAUGGUUUGUGUGGGCAUGCCCGAGGGUGGCGAGCAGGCCAUCGCUUCGGCAAGCCCGGGGAGCCUGAUUGCGAAUCACUACACCAUCACAGGCUCUGCGGUUGGUACUCGUCAAGAGUCCAUCGAAGCCCUCGAAUUUGCGGCCCGCGGAACGCUGAAGGCGAGCAUCCGAAUUGAGCCCAUGGAAGCUCUCACUAGUAUCUUUCGAGACAUGGAGCAAGGCAGACUUCAGGGUAGAGUCGUGCUCGACUUGACAUAG